AUGGGUGUCGAUUACUACAAGAUUCUUCAAGUCGAUCGCAACGCUAAAGACGAUGACUUGAAGAAAGCUUACUGCAAACUCGCUAUGAAGUGGCAUCCUGAUAAGAACCCUAACUGCAAAAAGGACGCAGAAACCAAAUUCAAAACCAUUUCUGAAGCUCACGAUGUAUGUUACGACUGGAGUCAAGUUUGCCCUGAAGAAGAUGAAGUUGGAUAUGCAUGUGUCGCCAAUGUUGAUCAUGAUAGUUGGUGGAGAAGAGACAAUGCGAGAUGGGAGAUUAGCAAGUUGGAUGAACCAUUUAAGGAAGCACAAAGAGCCAAGAGAUGGAAUGCAGAACUAGAGUGUUACAUGGACCCACAGGGUAAUCCAGUAGUUGAUCCGUCAAAAGUGGAUUUUGAUGCAGUAUCCAAUUUGUUUCCAAAUGAGGGCACUUUCAACACAAGAAGGCUUUCUGAUAAAAGUUACUUGCCGGAUUUAAUGAACAAGAUAAAAGAAGUCUUUGAAGCAAGUCUACCAAAGGUAGUGGAAAUGAAAAAGAGGAAGGAAGAGGAGUUGAAAAAGCUGAUUGAAGAAGUGAAGAUUACUACAAAGCUUGCUGUUGAAAAGGAACAGAAAGAUGAAGAAGAACAGAAGGAGAAAGAAGAACCGGUGCUGAAAGAAUCUGAGGAGAAGAUUGAGAAUUUGAAGUUGGGUAGUGAUGAAGGUGCUGGUGAUGAAAAGAAGGAAAAGCUGAAACAGACAGAGGCAGCUAAAAACACUGAUGUGCCAAUUACUGAGGUAAAUUCUGAUUCUAAAAUCUUGAAACCAACUGAACAAUGCAAGAAAUGCAUGGAAACUUGCAGAGCUUGUAUUGAAAAAGAUGACAUUAUAAAAACAAAUUAA